AUGUGUCACAGAAUCUCGCCGCCCCCUCGCCCCGCUCCUUGCUUGUGCUGAAUACUGGGGAUCACGCGAGAUUACAGGAGAGAAGUCGAGUUGGGUGUGGAGGGCGGAUGUAGGUCCCUGUGUUAAUGUUGCGCUCCUCAUUCACUUCAUGGCCAAAUUGUAUCUCUACCAAGGGAGGGGAACCCAGUUCUGUGAAACUCCGAAGAUAAAAAGGUAACUGAGAGAUGGAUUCGCGUCGGUGUGUUUGUUGCACAUCCCUUUGAGCAAGCUUCAUCACAGAGCUCGCUGGAGGACACAGCUUGCUCUUGAUUUCUAUCUGAAUGCCUCACACAAACCGGAGCGGACACUGACCUACGUUUGUGUCGUUACAAAGAAGCUUAAAAAACAGCUUUGACAGGUGCAGGUGAGGCCCCUGAGAUGCGGCUGCGUAGGUGGGUGUGGAUUGUGUUGCUGCUGACCGCGGUGCUGUCCUGCCUGCUCAGUGUGGAUCACAUCGAGGGCUGGUGGAUGAGCUGGGGAGUGUGGGGAGGAGCCCUGUCGGCCGAGGCUCGGACCCGGGCCCUGGCAGCGCUGCGGCGGGAGCAGGAGGCCCUGAGCACCCGGCUGGAGGACUUCUACCUGCUGCCCAACGAGCGCUCCUGCGCCCCGACCGCCCCCUUCCUGCUGAGCCUGGUCACCAGCGCCCCCCCCAACGCUGAGGCACGCCACGCCAUCCGCCAGACCUGGGGCAGCCUGACGAGCGUGGGGGGGCGUGCCGUGCGGACGCUGUUCCUCCUGGGGAUCCCUGACACCCCCGCCCAGCGCCAGGCACUCGCCAGCGAGGCUGAGCGGCACGGAGACAUCGUCCAGGGAAACUUCAGAGACUCGUAUGCAAACCUGACCCUCAAGACCCUCUCCCUGCUGCGCUGGACUGCCAGGUACUGCCCCCGCGCCGCCUUCAUCACCAAGGUGGAUGACGACGUCAUGCUGAACUACGAGGUGCUCCUACCCUACCUGGAGCGACUGAGGAACAACGAGGAGAAGGGAGAAGGGGAGUGGGGGGAAACUGUGGGGAAUGGAAGCAGAGAAGAGAAGAAAGGGGGGAAAUCAGAGGGGAACGUAAAGGGCGAGGAGAGGUGGGAGUGGGAGAGGAACAGGGGCUGGUCUGGGCAGUGGGCUGACUGGAGGGGGAGCUGGUUCUCCGGUCCGGACCUGUACCUGGGUCGGGUUCACAGGGGUGCGGUUCCGAUCCGGGACCCCCGCAGCAAGUCCUUCGUGUCGCACCGGGUGUACCCCCAGGACCGCUUCCCCCAGUACUGCAGCGGCACGGCCUACGUGCUGUCCAGCUCGGCGGCCCGCAAGCUGUACCUCACCUCCUACCUGACGCCCCCCUGCCCCCUGGAGGACGUGUUCGUAGGGUUGAGCGCGCGGGGGGCCGGCUUGCGCCCCUCCCACUGCGGCCUGUUCUCGGGGGGGCCGCGCAUCCCCUUCGGGCGCUGCUGCUACGGCUCCCUGAUCGCAGCGCACCACGUGACUGCGGAACAGCAGCACCAGUACUGGGGGGAGCUGAGAGGGGGGCCGCCCUGCUCCUGGAUCACAGGCAGGGCGGCGCUAGGGUUCUGCAAACUGCGUGUACUGCUGAGGGACACAGAGACUUAAUACACUGUGACACACGCACAGGAUUACAAUGAGGGGACUGAUUACACUGCGACACACGCACAGGAUUACAAUGAGGGGACUGAUUACACUGCGACACACGCACAGGAUUACAAUGAGGGGACUGAUUACACUGCGACACACGCACAGGAUUACAAUGAGGGGACUGAUUACACUGCGACACACGCACAGGAUUACAAUGAGGGGACUGAUUACACUGCGACACACGCACAGGAUUACAAUGAGGGGACUGAUUACACUGCGACACACGCACAGGAUUACAAUGAGGGGACUGAUUACACUGCGACAUGCAGGAUUACAAUGAGGGGACUGAUUACACUGUGACACACGCACAGGAUUACAAUGAGGGGACUGAUUACACUGCGACAUGCAGGAUUACAAUGAGGGGACUGAUUACACUGUGACACACGCACAGGAUUACAAUGAGGGGACUGAUUACACUGCGACACACACACAGGAUUACAAUGAGGGGACUGAUUACACUGUGACACACGCACAGGAUUACAAUGAGGGGACUGAUUACACUGCGACACACGCAGAGGAUUACAAUGAGGGGACUGAUUACACUGCGACACACGCACAGGAUUACAAUGGGGGGACUGAUUACACUGCGACACACGCAGGAUUACAAUGAGGGGACUGAUUACACUGCGACACACGCAGGAUUACAAUGAGUGGACUGAUUACACUGCGACACACGCAGAGGAUUACAAUGAGGGGACUGAUUACACUGCGACACACGCACAGGAUUACAAUGAGGGGUCUGAUUACACUGCGACACACGCAGGAUGACAAUGAAGGGGGUCUGAUUACACUGCGACACACGCAGGAUGACAAUUAUUAUUAUUAUUAUUAUUAUUAUUAUUAUUAUUAUUAUUAUUAUUAUUAUUAUUAUUUAUUUCUUAGAAGACGCCCUUAUCCAGGGCGACUUACAAUCGCAAGCAAAUACAUUUCAAGUGUUACAAUACAAGUAAUACAAUAAGAGCAAGAAAUACAAUAACUUUUGUUCAAGCAAAGUACAAGUGUGACAAACCACAAUUCAAUAAUACAGCAGAUAAUAGUGAUAGUUACAUCAGGAUAUGAUUAAAUACAAAGUACUACAGACAAUGAAGGGGGUCUGAUUACACUGCGACACACGCACAGGAUGACAAUGAAGGGGGUUUGAUUACACUGCGACACACGCAGGAUGACAAUGAGGGGGUCUGAUUACACUGCGACACACGCACAGGAUUACAAUGAGGGGACUGAUUAUACUGCGACACACGCAGUAGGCUUCAUGUUGUUUAUAAUGAAUGAAUGCACAGGUAAUGAGUAAAUGCCAGUGUUAUUCAGUUUAGAUUUAAGUCAUUUAAUUUCUGCCAAGAAGGCAGAAAUAAAAGAACCAUCAUUUGCAUUGUGUGCAUUAACAUUCAAAGUGAUUUGUGUGCUUUUUGUUAAAGAAAAUAAUAUAAAACAAAA